AUGAUGGAUGCUGCAAGAAAAGACGAGUCUCCACCUCGGAAUACUAACCGAUUACCUUCAAUAUCAACAUUAUUUCAAACUUCACUGGGUAAUGAACUCCCGCCCAGUCGACAUCAUUCACCAGAAUCUAGUUUAACCAUUCCCUAUACAACAACUCAUAGUCCUCAAUUAUCAAUUUCCAAUCCACCAUCUAGCUUGGGUCAUCAACAUACCACUUCUUAUUCCUAUAACCGUCCUCACCAUUCUAGAGAUGAAAGUUAUCCAUUACAGUUUAGAUUCCCCGAACCAGGUAUCAUAAGUAGAGAGGGCCUGUCGACAAAUAUAUUAAGAGAUAACCAACCAACACUAUUACCAUCUCACCGAAAAACACAAAGUUUCCAGUUAUCAUCUAAACGUACUCUUGUUGAACUUCCAAGUGAAAUAUCUCAAUCGGUAGUUCAAUUGGUUAGACCCCUUCAAGACAUAGAGACGUUUUCUCGUUCAUUUAAUGCUCAAUAUGCUACUCUACAGAAUUCUCAUGGCAAUGUACCUAUAACUUCUGUUUCAACUGAACAAUUUGAUAAACUUAUGAACUUGUAUUCCCUUCGAGAUUUAGACAAUAUCCUUAGCAGCUGUGAAGAGAUCAAGAAUCUGAUUCUGAAAAUCAAACAGCAUUCUUUAGAUACAUCUUCACAACCAGAAAUAACACCCCCACAAGAAGGAUCUUCAAACAAAUCAGAAACAAGGGUAAAUCCCACUUCAAUCUCCAGUCCACCAAAAAGAAGAAAAAAGUCAACCCAUGAAAAGAGUUCAAGUAUGGUUGGAGAACUUAUCCCCAUGAGAAUAAAUCUUCAAUUAUCUCCCACAGGAGGACAUCAAGAACCUAUCGAUCAAGGAGGACUUAAUUCAGAAUUGAGUAUAAGAGAAAAAACUAUAACAUGUAAACAUUGUGGGUCAGAAAAUACUCCUGAAUGGAGAAGUGGACCAGAUGGUAGUAGAACUUUAUGUAAUGCGUGUGGAUUAUUUUACUCCAAAUUGAUUAGAAAAUAUGGAUUACUUGAUGCAGUAAAAAUUAUGGAAGAACGUAAAGUAUCAGACCCUACUGAUAGAAGAAUUCUCUAA